GGUGUCGGACUGCGCAUGUACUUAACGUAGAGGGAAAUUUGAAAUGGCGAAUGAAUCGGAAAUUGGAGUUGGUGAGGCGACGGCUCGAGGAAAGGAAGCAGGAACUCUUCGGGAGCCCGGGACCGAACUGCAAGGGGAGGAAGAAGGCCCAGAGCUUGGGGUCCACCGAACGGGAGAGGGAGACGGCCUGGAGCCCGGGGUCGACCGACCGGGAGAGAGAGAAGGCCCGGAGCCCGGGACUGGACGGGAGGGAGAGCGUCUGGAGAUGGGGAUCGGCGAGAUGGAGAAAGACGACUUGGAGUCAGAUGUUGGCGGGUCGAUAGGGGGCGAAGGCUCGGAACCCGUGGAGGGACAUGAAGUAAGGGCAGUGUCGAUGCGUGAUGCGAAGCUGGGGUGUCGCAGUGUGAUGGUCCCUGGGAGAUGCUCCCGCACUGAGGCUCGGGCGGAAGCAGAGCUGCCGGUGUUGUUUCCCGGCCAGGUGACUCGGAAAAGCUGCUGUCGCCUAGUAUGCGAGCUGUUGAAACACGUCCUGUACCAGCGGCAGCAACUGCCGCUCCCCUACGAUCAGUUGGCUUUUUUCACCAAGAGAGAAUGCCCCCCUGAUGACUGCUCUGUGUUAUCACGAUCGAUAAAAAAUGAGCAAAGUAACUGCAAGAAAUCUCAGAAGAUGCUGCUGGAGCUGGAUGAGGUUUUCCAGAAUUUGGAGGCAAUGUUUACAUUGACACUUGUUCCUUGUGUGCAUAUCCUAAUGGGUGGCAGUGUGGUCAAUCCAAAAGAGAUGUAUGAAAUCAACAUGGAGAAAGUUGCUUUUGGAAGCACUGAGGAGAGCCUAAAAACCAUCUCAUGUAUCCGUCAACUUUUUCAUGCACUCUUUGUCAAGGAUCUCUUCAGCGAGUUGAAAUCUGUUCCUCUUAUGAAUACUCUGCUUCUUGUCCAAGGUCACAGGAAUUGUGGGGUACAGUGGUUUCGACCCAAACUGAACUACAGGGUUCCAAAUCGAACCAGGAAGCUGAUUAUUAGUCUGGCCUGUGACACUAUGAGUUUAACUUUGGCUGAGGAGCAGAGACCAAGCUAUAACCAUGAUGAUUAUAUCUGGUUUCAAGCACCCACAACCAUCAAGGGAUUUCAGUACCAAUAAUAAUCCUAGCUGUAUCUAUUUACAAUAAUUGUGUGGUUUUAAACAGAGCUUGAGUUUGGGCAGCUGCUUCUGCCAGUGGCAAUGGUGUGUUGCUGCUGUAAAAACUUGAAUCCUUUCUAAAUAAUGAGUUUGUUUUUUAUAUCAGUACACGUUUAGAGGUGUGCUGUGUUUGAUUGCAACCUUGGGCAGGAAUACUGAUUUCUUUAAUGUGGAGGAUAAUUGUAAUUGCUCAUGUCUGAUUUAAUUUCCUGCUUCCUGAGCAGCAGUGGGCCAGUGACAUCUGUGCUGAACGGUAGUAAUAGCUUGUUAACUUUUGGAAAGCUUCCGGAGGGCAAGAUGAGGUUCAGCUUUGAAACUGCGACCCCUCACAAUAAGGAAUGGAUCCUGAUUAAAGUACUAAAGGCAUGCUGCCGCCUCAGGACCAAUCCUAAGAAUAAUCAACAUUUUUGGAAGUGAGAUGUUGCCCAAAGACGUUCCUUUUUACACUGCAUUUAAUAACUAUAUAGGAGAAGCUUUAAGUAUGCAAAAUUAGUGAAAGAUCAUUGUGAGACAUUGUAUAGCAUUUUCAUCCAGUUUUCAUAUAUGGUGCUCAAAAUCAGUGCAUUUAUUUUUGAAAUUUCAAAACAUAGAAAAUAAACUUAUUUAACCUGUGCUUAAGUGGGAAUUUAUAUUUACUGAGAUACAGCAGGUGCAGGCUCUUCCGGCCUUUCUAGCCACAUCACCCAGCAACCCCCGAUUUAACCCUAGCUUAAGUGUGGGACAAUUUACAAUGGCCAAUUAACCUACUAACCAGUACAUCUUUGCA